UUUGAAAACUAUAUUUGCGUAUCAUUGACUAGCUCUGGUCCUACCUCCUUAAACUUAUUACGACAACUAAAAUAUGUUACGUUUCCUGUUUCAUUUUCAGCCAUGAAUACGAAACAUGAUCAUUAUGAUGAUAUAAAUGGCACUAAGAAUUGCACCAGCCAUACUGACAGAAAGGAUACCACGAGGAUGGCUUCGUUGUCACUUAGCCUUAGAAAAUAUUUUGUAGCUCUUCGUCCGUGGUCGUUCACAGCUUCGUUGACACCUGUUGCCUUGGGAAGCACGCUAGCCUACAAAGCCACUUCGGAAUUCAGCUUGAGUGUGUUUUUGGUAACCUGUUUAUCAGCGCUGUCGGUUCAUGCAGCUGGGAACUUAGUGAACACGUACUUUGAUUAUUUGAAAGGAAUUGAUAGCAAGAAAACAAGUGAUGAUAGAACAUUGGUUGACAAUGUUUUGCCGCCAGCUGUAGUUUCAAAUCUGGGAGCCUUGUUUUACAUCGUGGGAUGCUUAGGAUGUUUUAUAUUGACAUUGAUAUCUCCAGCGAAGAUGGAACAUCUUGCUCUAAUGUACUUUGGUGGACUGUCAUCUAGUUUUCUAUACACUGGUGGUCUAGGACUGAAAUAUAUUGCCUUGGGAGAUUUGUUGAUAUUUCUGUCAUUUGGCCCACUUACAGUUAUGUUCGCAUACCUAAGUCAAACAGGGCAUUUAUCAAUGAUGCCUAUACUAUAUGCACUGCCAUUAGCAUUAAAUACAGAAUCUAUUCUCCAUGCAAACAACACAAGAGAUAUGGAGUCGGACCGUAAGGCUGGAAUUGUUACAAUGGCAAUUCUUUUAGGGAAAACUGGUUCUUAUUUCUUCUUUGCAUUUUUAUUAUUUGUGCCAUUCAUCAUAUUUGUGUUGAUGGGACUUCAUUUGUCCUCCUGGAUGUUCAUGCCAUUAGUUUGUGUACCAGAGGCCUUCAGUUUGGAGCGAGUGUUUCGAGAUGACAAUUUACAGAAACUUCCACAAAGAGUCGCAAAAUUAAAUUUAAUUUUGGGAAUUUUAUCUACUAUAGGUUGUAUGCUGUCUAACAAAUCUGUGUUUGUUCUUUAGAUUUUUAAAUACUUCUAUGUGGUUAUGUUUGGUACAUGCAUACUGCUCACCAGCAGUUGCAUAUUCUUGAAUUGUGUAAGAAAAUAAAGUUUCAUAAACUGUAA